CACUAACGAUGGAGCGAGUUGUAGCCCGAACAAUGGCCUCACUUUCGUUCUUGCUAGCCCUCGCCUCCCUUCCCCUGCCCUCAGUUGCCAUCUCGUCGUGCAACGGCCCAUGCACAACGCUGAAUGAUUGUGACGGACAGCUCAUAUGCAUCAGCGGCAAGUGCACUGACGACUCCGAUGUCGGGACCCACAUUUGCAAGAAAUCUUCCCCGUCCCCAACCCAGUCUAGCGGGUCCUGCAGCCCCUCCGGCACCCUGUACUGCAAGGGCAAGUCCUACCCUAAGUACCGCUGCUCACCACCGGUCACGCCCUCGACCCGAGCCACCCUGACCGAGAACGAUUUUAGCCAGGGAGGGGAUGGUGGGGGCCCCUCGGAGUGCGAUAAUAAGUACCACUCUAACUCCGAGCAUGUUGUUGCUCUGUCAACCGGCUGGUAUGCAGGGGGGUCACGCUGAGGGCGGAUGGUCAAGAUAACUUCCACGAAGACCGGGCGCAGCGUGGCCGCUAAGGUGGUCGAUGAGUGUGACUCCAUGAACGGGUGUGACUCGGAGCACGCAGGUCAGCCUCCAUGUCGGAACAACAUAGUUGAUGCCUCAAGCUCCGUGUGGCACGCGCUGGGGCUCGAUAUCAAUGUGGGAGAAGAGAAUAUAACCUGGUCCAUGGCUUAGGCCUGUGCCAUCUGCCAUGCAUCAUUUCUUCCAUGAGAGCCCGCCGCGAUUCUCGGAGCUACUAUCACUACAUGCAGGGAUAACCCCCCCUGUUGAAUAAAUGUGUAUACAUGCAUAGGACAUAUUUGUUGUGUUGUGUAUGUGUAUGUGAUCUACCAAUCCACGAUAUGCAAGGCGU